AUGUUCUUUGGGCCAACCAUCUUGUCAUUGUUGGCACAGAAGUGUAAAGUGUACAUACUAUGCGUUUCUACGGGGGAUUUCUACGGUAAAUACAUUUUCUAUUUAGAUGACGUGACGUCACUCAAAAACGUGGUGCUAUCUAUUUAUCAAUACAUUAUUUCAGGCCAGGGCAACGUCAGGAAGCAGGAAAUGUUCGAAGCGUGCUCGAGUCUUGGAAUAUCCUCGUCGGAUGUGACGAUAAUGGACAUAGGGGAUAUGAAAGAUGGGAUGAAGACCAAAUGGGAGACCGAGAAGUUGGCGAGGAUUGUAUUACAAUGUAUUGAGAGACUGGACGCCCAAGUUGUAAUCACCUUUGAUGAGCAUGGAGUCAGUCAACAUCCCAACCAUAUCUCUUGCUUCAUGGCUUUACAAUAUCUCUACACAAAUGGAUGGAUCCCCUCAGGCACUCAGGUGUUUGUUCUCGAGUCCGUUCGUCUUCUCAGGAAAUAUAUCAGCAUCCUCGACCUCUUGCCCAGCCACUUCACCUCCACCUUCCUCUGUCUCUCUCGCCCUUCGAUGGUUUGGCGCGGGAUGAGAGCUCACAAGUCCCAGCUGGUCUGGUUCAGGUAUCUCUACCUUAUAUUCAGCCGAUACGUGGUCAUUAAUACCUUGAAACGGAUAUCUCUACAUCGAUAUUGCGUCAGGAAGAGAAGUUAG